AUGUGUAUCCUGCUGACCCGCUAUUUUCGGUGCUGGCAAGCACCAGAACGAGAAGAAGAUCCGAAAGAAAAGGGCCGCACCGAUGGAGAACCUGCGCCGAAGAGACGGGGUCAACACCCGAAAGCCGGCCACCGGUCUCGCCAUGUCGUCCGUUGCGCCAAUCCAUUCCCCCGGACCUGCCUCGUCAGCCCGGCCCUGUUCGAAGUCGACCAGCAUUUCGAGUGCCCAUGCCCGGAUUGUUCGUGCACGUAUAUCGAGCCUGCGGGACGUCCAGCGGAGGUUGAGUGCUUCUACCCGAACGAAGACAAAGGCGGGGACAAUACCAGAGGCAAUGCCGUUACGCGCUGGCUGGAUGCCGCUGCUGAUGCCUACACGACCAAACUAUGCGAAUACCUGCUUGCCAUGUUCUCCAAGGGUAACGUGACGUACAAUUUUGCUGAUCUCGUCGAACGUUGGAAAGUCUGCAACGUCGAAUCGGCCUGCAUUUUUGAUCCGCAACAUUUUGACACGGCUCGAGUUUGUGACUGUCAAGAGUCCAACACAGCGCCCGAGCUGAGGAAUAUGAGCCACGCCAUCCGCUGCCGCUCCGCUCGUCGCGCCAUAGCUGAUGACGAGGUCGUCUUGGAGACGUAUGCACAGGUGGCACCACUACCAACAGCUGCCUCGACACGCAGAGCGCUCAAGCGCGACUAUCUAGACAAACACCCUCCUAUCCAAGCAGCCUACCCAUUCAACGGGGUCCCCGUCUUGCCGAUUGCAGACUGGAUCUGUGACGAGCACAUAUGCACGCCAGAAGAGCUUUUUGCACGCAUCGGCGAUGCUGUUCAGAGUUUUGAGAGCGAGGACAACUGGGACAUUAUUCACAAUGGCGAAGGAGGCUCGAGUACAUGUGGCCUUGCACAGCGUAUCGAGAUUCUCUCGACCGUGGCCGUUCUACUAUCCGAAGACAACGGGCUGCCUAGGCGACAGGUCCAAAAGAUCUUUCUGAACUUAAUGAACCUCUUGCGGCCUAUGGAUGUCUUUUUCACCGGACCUUCCGUCAUCGAGAGCUACGGGCCCGCCAUGCUGGCUCUGCUUCAACUAGGAACAUUCUUCGAUGGCCACCAGCGUGGCGGAAAUGCUCUGCUCGACCCUGACCGCUUUCGAAAUCUCGUCCUCGCCCUGAAACAGAAGCGGAGUAUUCGAUUCACGGAUGAGCUUAUGUUUGACGAGGCAAUCCAAGGAACGAUAGCCGAAGCUGUUUCCAAGCAAGAGCUCGAUGCCGACAACAGCAUUGUAUGCCUGCUUUGCAAAGACAAGCUUGUUGCCCUCGACCGGACAUAUCUCGACCAGAAAGCCGCCGAACACUCAGAAAACUACAGGGAAGAUAGCAUUGCUAUUCGCGUCAAAUGUCAGGGUCGGCAUGUUUUUUGCAUCAAGUGUUGGUUGGGUUUCUGGAAGUCACAGACGGCUAAUGGCCAGCCCAAGGUGCAAUGCCACGCAUGUGACGAGGAGUUGCCCCUCAAGCAACUAGAACCGACUGUCCCAAUCGUAGACGCAGACUAUUUUGACCCCGCCAACACGCUGGGUUCCGGAGAGCCUCGACUGAACUGGGCCUCACUGGCUGCGGUUCCACGGCACCCGCAGGAUUGGGGCGUAUGGGAUCCGCUCCUCGGCGCAAAUUACGAGCCACGGGCGGCUCCUCCUCCGCAGGGACUCUCAGAUUCGCAAGUAACAAACACUACGCGCGACGGUUCGCCGUUGCCAUUGAGGAAGUCGCGGCUUCGCGCGGUUGAUGAGAUGAACUGGGUGGGCCGCGGCACGUGGCUGGACGAUGGCAGCUUCCGCACGACGGCCCAGCGUGUCGCCAUCGGUGGUCCUCUGUUUGAGCCGCAGCUCGGCAGCGUUUCUACCUUUGUGGAGGGCAGCUACGAUUUUCACAACAAGUGGACUGUGACCAACGAGCCGCUCUUCGAUACAAGCGAGCCCUUGGCGGACCAACAAAGUCCCUCCCGCGGGUCUCUGUCGUCGUUCAUCGUGACAGACAGCGACGAGACCGACAGCGACGAGACCGACAGCGAGGACUUUGACUAUAGCCCCAUCUUGCGAAGAAUAGCAGCUCGUGGUAUCUACUCGACGUACGCCUCUGACUUCAUGGACCCCGGCAACGACGUGACGACCUCCGACGACGACGUAACGACCCGGGAAGACGGCAUGAGCCGCGUGCCGCGAGCCUCUAGCUUUACACCGCCGAAACCCAGCACCGCUUCUCCUCCGACGGUCAUCGGUUCGAGUAGCGAGCACAGUGAUCCUGGCGACUCGGUGUACGGCUCGUGUCCUUGCUCUACUUACCUCGCCGGCUGUGAUUGCGGGUGUCCACGUUUGCGCUCUUCAGACGACGAUUUUGAGCAAGACGUAGCUAGAUCGCCAAGGAGGCCUGCGAGGCCGUGGUGGCGGCGGACGUGGGCUGUUGUCUUCGUCCUAUGCGUCAUCUUGUUUGUGCCGGCGCCUGGGGCGGAGUACUGGAAGAUCCGUAGGUGA